CCAACAGCGGGAGAGCAAAGCAGAGAAACCAUGAUCCAAAAGGUUAGUGUCUCCCUCGCAAGUAUCAUCUGCUACUAAGGAAAAACUUAAGUCGCCCCAAAGUGGAAAGAACGGGCCUUGGCGCUCACCCAGUUAACGAUGUUUUACUGCGCGCUUGCUGCAAGUCGGACACCGUGUCAGGAACUAAGGAUACAAAGGUGAGCAGCAGAGUCGCGAUUAUACAGCUCUAGUAUUUUCCAUCCCGGAAGAGAAGUGGAUAAUAUCGAUAAAGCUCACCAAGCAGGGGCACGACAAGGAGAAUCUGAAGCCUGCGGUGGGAAGAGCCUACAUGCUCCUUAAACAUUAAAGACUAAACCUCAACUAGUCGGAAGUGACGUGCCAACUGAGACCCGCAGGUCCGCCACGCAAUUGGCCACCGCCUCAAAUAGCCACCCUCUCCCCAGACUGACCCGAAGAGAGGAAAAAGUGUGGCCGAAAAGCCCACAAUUCGCUAUGGUCCGGCCCUUGCGACUCCCAGCCGCACGGGGACCAGCAUAGCCUUGGCCAGAGUCCAGGCCCGCAACCUGGACUGGACAGCUUAGCAGACUGGGCGCCGCAGUGGCGCCCUGCAAGCAAUGGGCUUCAGCGUUCCACCACGCGCAUGCGCGGUCCUCUAUCUCCGGAGGAUUUCUUGGGUCACCUGGACGCCGGCAUUUCAGCUACCUGCCGUUCCAGGUUCCUUCUCACUCUUGAUGACUCCUGCUGGUCUUCAGUUCCAGCCCCCCUUCUUUCUCUUCCUCAGGCACCGCUAGGCCCUCGCGCGCUCGCCCGCCGAUACCCCGGCUUCCACUGACACGAGUCUCCGCGCGGCGCCGCUUCCGCUUCCGGCGAGUAUUGUGUGUCGCGCUGCGGGGCGGGGGCGAGGGGAGGAGGAAGGAGGGAGGCAGCGCGCCGGCGGCUCCGCGCCCCGCACUCCCGGACCCGAAGCCGGGAAGGUAGGUGCUGUCCCGUUGCCGCGCCUAGGCCGGGUGCCUGCCCACGCCGGCCGGCUCCGCACGCCGUGUCCCAGCGCCCGGCGACUGCGUCACCGGCCCCCUGCACGUAACCACAGCUGCCUCCGCCCGCCUAGGGCCCGGGCGGACGUUUUGCCGCCCCGGCGACGUCAGCGCGUCCGGCGUUGCUUGGCUACCCCGCUGUUCCCCCGUCCCGUUGCCGCUCGUCUCCCCGGGUGAAACUGACGCAGUCACCGCGGGUCUCGACUGCGUCAGAGUGGCAGGCAUCCCACCUUCACGUCACACCUCUUCCUCACCUGGACACGCAUCUUUCCCUCCCAGCCAACCACGACGUUUCCUCUUUCCCCCUCUCCAAUCCCACUGCCCCAGAUAUGGCGGGAGACUAAGGAGAAGAGGGGGGAGAGAGUUGUGGACCACGCUCAAGAGAGGGUCACAAGGUGGAAUCCGAGCAGUAAUAGAAACAAAAUGAGGACGUCCCUGAAGUUUGCCCUUCCACUGAAACAUGAGGAAUAGAUAGGAAGGAUCGACCCAGAGACACCAGGGCCUCACUCUGGCUGUCCUCUCCAAUCCUCUCCAUUCAUCAAGUUCCAAGUCUUCUGUUCUUCCCUCACGCGUUUCCUCAUUUCUCUUUACCACCACUUUGCCAGUCUGGACUCCAUCCUGGUCCCUAAAUGUACAUAAAUACAACUCAGUCAGGUGAGGAGGCCACCUGUCAAGAAGAUUGGGGAAGGAGCAGACUAGUCAAGUUGGAUUCUAAUGGAUGGAGAAAAAUCAUCCAGCUGAACUUCUCUCUUGAUAGUGAGGAAAGAAAUUAUGGUUCAAAUAACUUAGCAGCUCCUAUUCCAAAUUAAACACUUCUCACGUGUACCAUCAAUAUACCAAAAUAAUUGUUAAUCCAACUCAUUACAUGGACACUUCUCUACCAGUGCAUAAACCUACAAAUUUCCUUACUUUGGUUGGGUCUCUUGGGUGCAGGGUGGAAAGCAGAGGGGUUAACUGGAGUAAAGACAUCAACUUACUCGUGUAUAAUAAGUUUUAAUGUUUUAGGGGUGGAGUAGGGGACCAGCUUUCUGUUUAUAAAUCUUCCGAUGCUUUUCCAACACUGAGGCUUCACCUGAAGGAGAUUUGAUGGUCUCUUUACUUCUUUUAAUUCCCAAACAUUCCAAUUAGUUGGAGACAUAACAUGUCCAAGGAAUUAGAUGUCAGUAGCUAUUCGAACUCUAGUCACCACUAACUAUUUAGAAUAGGACUCUUACGCUUUCUAUUCAAGAAGUCAUUACCAUGGGCUCAGUGGGUAUUCUUUUAUAGAGUUGCUAAGUAUUUAUUCUUUUCAGUGGUUCCAAAUGUUCAAAUGCCACAAGUAGAAAUGAGAAAUGUAUGAAACAUUUCAUUCAAGAAGAGAGUGCACUUCUUCCUGCAGGCUAGUAUGGCAAAGAAAGAAUAAUUUCAAACAUUCCUAAAAAGAGGAGAUUGUUACCUUUGCCUAACUCAUUCAGUUUAUUACCCUUUGAAAUAGAGGAAUGACCAAAUCAAGCUAAAGCUCCAAUGAAUUAUAUAAAAAUCUUCUGUGGCAUUAAGCUUUAAAAUAUACCUAAUUUAAGAAACCUUAAUAUCUUGACUCAUAGGGCACUUUUCCCUUCCCAUGCUCCUUUUCUGUUUGUUAGGAAAAUAUCUCAAACUAGGAUGCAAUGAUCUGGAACUGUUGUUUCUAAGAUACAAGUAGGGUGAGCCUGGACCAGAAGUAUGCUGGGCUAAAGUUCAAGGAAAUCCCUGUUUCUAACAAGAGAAAAGAGAAGUAAAAGAAGAGAGAUCAGGGUUGUGUGUCAGUUUGCUGAAGGGCGGGGGGCAGAGGGGGGAUAAAAAAAAUAGGGUCAAUGACUAAGUCAUCAAAUUGGGAAAUAGAGAAAAAAGAGUGUUGAAUCUAGUGGAAGAGAAGAUGGAAAAUACCAGAUAGGGUUAAAUCUAGAGUUAAGUUUAACCUGGGGAUAAAUAUCAAUCCAAGGAUGCCAAAAAAUUCAUCCUCAACUAAUAUUUUUUCUUUCUCUGUCUCCACACCCAUCCCCAAGUUAAAAAGGCAGAGACACGUCUGCUUAGAGGCUGGGGCCUCUGCAGCCACCGCUGCGGCUCUGGAGAACUUACAAGUUGAGGCAAGUUGUUCUGUGUGCCUGAGUAUUGAAGAGCCUGUCAUCAUUGAAUGUGGGCAUAACUUCUGCACUUGCAUCACCCGCUGGUGGGAAGACCUAGAGAGGGUUCCUUGUCCUGUCUGUCGGAAGAGCAUCCCGUUACCGCAGUCUCGGCCUAAUCGGCAACUGGGCAGUAUGGUGGUUGCCAAGCAGCUCCAGGCUGUCAAGCGGAAAAUCAGGGAUGAGAGCCUCUGCCCCCAGCACCAUGAGGCCCUCAGCCUCUUCUGCUAUGAGGACCAGGAGGCUGUAUGUUUGAUAUGUGCAAUUUCUCACACCCACCGGGCCCACACUGUCGUGCCAUUGGACGAUGCUACACAGGAAUAUAAGGUAGUGGGGAACAUGGCAUCUGGUCUGACUUACUGCUGGGACACAGGGAAAACUACAGAAGUGCUAGAGCCCCUGGAGCAGAAGCUUCAGGAGAUAACUCGAUGCAAGUCAUCUGAGGAGAAGAAGCCUGGGAACUCAAGACUAGUGGAGAGUCGGCGACAGCAGAUUUUAAAGGAGUUUGAAGAGCUUCAUAGGCGGCUGGAUGAAGAACAGCAGAUGUUGCUUUCAAGGCUAGAGGAGGAGGAACAGGACAUUCCACGACUUCGAGAAAAUGCUGCUCCUGGGGACAAGCGCCGGGACCUGGCCCAUUUGGCUGCUGAGGUGGAGGGCAAGUGCUUACAGUCAGGCUUCGAGAUGCUUAAGGAUGUCAAAAGUACCCUGGAAAAAUGUGAGAAGGUGAAGACCAUGGAGGUGACUUCAGUAUCCAUAGAGUGAAAGAACUUCAGCAAUUUCCCCCGACAGUUUGCCCUAAGGAAAAUCCUUAAACAACUAAUUGCGGAUGUGACCCUGGACCCUGAGACUGCUCAUCCUAACCUAGUCCUGUCAGAAGAUCGUAAAAGUGUCAAGUUCGUGGAGACAAGACUCCGAGAUCUCCCUGACACACCACGGCGUUUCACCUUCUACCCUUGUGUCCUGGCUACUGAAGGUUUCACCUCAGGUCGACACUACUGGGAGGUGGAGGUGGGGGACAAGACCCACUGGGCGGUGGGUGUGUGCCGGGACUCUGUGAGCAGAAAGGGUGAGCUGACUCCACUCCCUGAGACUGGUUACUGGCGUGUGCGGCUGUGGAAUGGGGACAAGUAUGCAGCUACCACCACACCUUUUACCCCUUUGCACAUCAAGGUAAAACCCAAGCGGGUGGGCAUAUUUCUAGACUACGAGGCUGGCACGCUGUCUUUUUACAACGUCACAGACCGCUCUCAUAUCUACACCUUCACUGAUACUUUUACUGAGAAACUAUGGCCCUUGUUCUACCCAGGCAUCCGGGCUGGUCGGAAGAAUGCUGCACCACUUACCAUCAGACCCCCAACAGAUUGGGAGUGACAGGU